CCAGAGAAGAGGAAGCAUCACAGAAAGGGGUUGGUGCUUCUGUUGGAAAGGAAACAUCUGUGUACUGUUUACUUUAAAUAUCUGUGUACAUUGUACAGAGAAGACCCUGCAAACACAGUGAGAACGCCAGUCUUUCCUUCCCGUAAGGGAAAUUUUGGUCAUUAGUAUCUGAGCAAGGGGGAAAAAAUAUGGAUAAAGAGGUCAGUAUAAAUGGAGAUAUUUUUCAGGAAUCCAGUUACAUUGAAGAAAGCACUAACCAAAAUGAUGCCAUCUCCUUGAUUUUCUCUCUCAAAGAAGAAGUUGGAGCUUUGGCUAAAGUUCUACGCAUUUUUGAGGAAAAAGGGAUCAACUUGAUUCACAUUGAGUCCAGACCUUCCCGGCUGAACAAAGAUGAAUAUGAGUUUUUCAUAAACUUGGAUAGCAAGAAUAUUCCUGCUCUUCAAGAAAUCAUCAGGACUUUGAGAGAUGACAUUGGAGCAAAUGUUCAUGAGCUUUCACGUGAAAAGAAGAAAGAUGCUGUACCAUGGUUCCCAAGAACUAUUAAAGAGUUGGACAGAUUUGCCAAUCAGAUUCUCAGCUACGGAUCAGAACUGGAUGCUGAUCACCCUGGCUUUAAAGAUCCUGUUUACCGGGCCAGAAGAAAGGAAUUUGCAGAUAUUGCCUACAACUACAGGCAUGGGCAGCCUAUCCCCAGAGUGUCAUACACUGAGGAAGAGAAGAAGACAUGGGGUACAGUCUUCCGGGAACUGAAGACUCUGUAUCCCACUCAUGCUUGCUAUGAACACAACCAUGUGUUUCCUCUCCUGGAGAAAUACUGUGGCUAUCAAGAAGACAAUAUUCCACAACUGGAAGAUGUCUCAAAUUUUUUGAAAAGCUGCACAGGAUUUCGCCUGCGUCCUGUGGCUGGCCUGCUAUCAUCUCGGGACUUUUUGGCUGGCUUGGCUUUCAGAGUAUUUCACUCUACACAGUACAUUCGCCAUUCAUCAAGACCAAUGUACACACCAGAACCUGAUGUUUGCCAUGAACUCCUAGGACACGUCCCUCUGUUUGCUGAUCCCAGUUUUGCUCAGUUUUCCCAAGAAAUCGGAUUGGCUUCCUUGGGGGCUCCAGAUGAAUACAUUGAGAAACUUGCUACGGUGUAUUGGUUUACUGUGGAAUUUGGUCUGUGCAAAGAAGGAAACUCCAUAAAGGCCUAUGGGGCUGGGCUGCUGUCAUCAUUUGGUGAAUUACAGUAUUGCUUAUCAAAUAAGCCUGAGAUUGAACCUCUUAUCUUGGAAAAGACAGCAAUCCAGAAAUAUCCAGUCACCGAGUUCCAGCCCAUUUACUAUGUUGCUGAAAGUUUUAAUGAUGCAAAGCAAAAGUUAAGGAAAUUUGCUUCAACAAUUUCCCGUCCAUUCUCAGUCCGUUACAACUCAUAUACCCAAAGGAUUGAGGUUCUGGAUAACAUAAAGCAGCUAAAGAAUUUAGCAGAUUGCAUUGGCAAUGAAAUGGGUCUCCUUUGCAAUGCUCUUCAGAAGAUCAAAUGAAGAUGCUCUCAGAAUUCUUUUAUUGGCUCCAACAAGCUAUGUGGCAAAAAGGGUGCUUUGAAACAUAUCAAGUAUUUAACAAAAAUCAAUAUGCAUGUAGUUACAAUGAUGUAGGAAAGUAACAGAAAUUUCAUAUUCUUAUAGUUACUGGUUGUAAUUGCAUUAUAAAUAUAUGACAAUAAAACAUAUAUACGCAAGUAGUUAACAAAAGAUUGGUAAGCUAUGUCUAAUAUGUGGCUAACUCAACUACAAUAUUAGAAUAAGGAACUCAAAUGCCAGGAGCAGGAGAAGUACAUGGCUCUUAGUUGCAGAAUUACAUAUAAGCUAGGGCUUGGGGAAUAGCCCAGGUAUUGCUCAGAAAUACAUGUUUGUCUAAGCAAUCUGUGUUGGACUCAGGAAUGCCCCACUACUCAUGCUGUCAAUCAUCCCAAUGUUCUGACACCUAAACUUCAGCUUUACCGUAUAACCCUGUCAUAGGAUGGUCAUUGGUCAGUACCACUCCUGGCUGCUCUGGAAAGGAGAUCUAGAGGUGGUUCCCACGAUCAGUGGGAGCCGCCUGGAGAGGGUUUGCAGGGAGAGCGGACUAAGCAGUCAGUCUACUUCAGGCAGCCGCAGUGGCCACCCACAUGACUGCUGGCUCCAUCACGGAGCCGGUGGGAGCUGGGGAGUUCAGGGGCCACACGGUCCCGAGAAGCUCCAGCAUGCCCUGUGCAAGCGCGCAGGGCACGCUGGAGUGACCUCCAAGACAAGGUCUACUCAGGAGUUGCCACGGUGCAGAGCUACACUGCGGUAACACACGAUUUUAAAAAAUGGGUUUGCGGAGUGCUCGCUCUGCAAACCUGGUUUAAAGGCAAGGGUAGUUUAGCGGGUUACCCGCUUAGAAACCAACGGGCUUGCAGCCGAGUUCGGUGGUUCUCACGAUGGGAGAAAAUCGGGCUGGCCUCCACUAGCCCGGUUUUCUCCCAUCGUGUGAAUAGCCUCCUAGUCUUGUGGUAGCAAGCAUGACUUGUCCACUUAGCUGAGCAGAGUCCGCCCUGAUUGCAUAUGAAUUGGAGACUAGAAGUGUGAGCACUGCAAGAUAUUCCCCUCAGAGGAUGGAGCUGCUCUUGGAAGAGCAGAAAGGUUCAAGUUCCCUCCCUGGCAUCUCCAAGAUAGGGCUGAGAGAUAUUCCUGCCUGCAACCUUGGAGAAGCUGCUGCCAGUCUGUGUAGACCAGGGUUGCUCAACUUUGGCCCUCCUGCAGAUGUUGACCUGCAAUUCCCAUAAUCCCUGGCUAUUGGCUGCUGUGGCUUGGGAUUAUGGGAGUUAUAGUCCAAAAGCAGCUGGGAGGGGGCCUAAACUGAGCAGGCCUGGGUAGACAAUACUGAGCUAGAUAGACCAAAGGUUUGACUCAGUAUGUGGCAGCUUCCUGUGUCCCUAUGUACUACUCAGACAUUGCAUCUAAUUCCACUGCCAUGGAAUUCUAAUCCCACUGCCAUUCCCCAGUCCAGCUGUGGCCAACUGACCCCUUGGCUCCAUAAAAACCCAUGUCUCUAGGUCAACCUAGCAGUCUGUGCAACUUGCCUUAAUAGCAGAGCAGCCUGGCCUUGUCUGUGUUUGACUUCCUUCCUUGAUACUCAACUCCAUUCCUCUGGUCCUCCAUCCAUCUUUGACUCCUCUGUUUCUUUCCAGACCUCCCUAGCCAAGGCAUGACAUAGUGAUGGUGCUAAUAUAUUUGAUGAAUUGUUUGUUCUGAUACCUGAGUGAGCCCUCUGUAAAAAGAAUGAGUCUCAUCCAGGUAGGUUACUGGGAUUGUGGAGAAGGGUUUGGUAUUUAUUCAGAUUAAUUAAAUCAGAAUAAAAGGUGUCAUCCUUAGCAGGCAUUGAAGUACAUUAAUCAUGAGGCUAUUAGAGUAAUAAUGACCAUCAGAUUCAUCCUUCAGAUGGUGUUCUUUAGUGCUUGGGAAAUGUAUUCUUGGAAAACUUCUAAAGAGUGAUGCUACCAACUAUUUAUAGAUAGCUCUACAAAAUAUAGGCAUUAUCCAGCCAAAUUUAAAUGCUUCUUAAGCCUGAUUGAUUUCAGAGGACUCAACCUAUUUGCACUUAACUUGGGAGUAAGACUCAUUGGGCUUGAUAUCAUUUGUGUCUGAGCAAGAAUGAAUAAGAUUUGACUUCAAUAUGAAUAAGAUUUGACUUCAAAUGUCAAUAUGAAUAAGAUUUGACUUCAAAUGUGCUAAACUAUCCCAUUGAAAUCAGUAGUAUUUUAAAAUAUAUUAUGAAAAGAUUGUUAUGAAAAAGAAAAUGUAAAUCAUUAUCACAGAUUUAUCUGCACAUGCAUAUAACUGAAAAUAAAAUACACGGAUUGUUAUUCUGAAAGUUAAUAAUCCAGUAGUUGAUAAAUAAAAUCCAAUUUUCAAUAAACUUGUCAAUGUUCCUUC